UCUUCUGGGUUUGAUUCGUUAUCUAUCAUCAAUGGCGAUUGUAUCAUCACUACGAGACAUCAACCUCUUCUCUUCACUACCUUCGACGGCGGAUUCUUCAUCAUCGGGAACAUUCCGGCCACCUCCUCCUCCGAUACCGGUUCCCAAAUACGCACCGUCUCGUCGAGAUCGUAAUCCGAAAACGAACCAUCAAACCGAUACACAGCCGAAGAAACAGCCACAAUCGAAUCCAGCUCUAAAGCUUCCGCAUCACCGAACCAGAUACUACAAACCGGUUAAAGAAGGAGUUAUCUCCUCAGACGGCGACCGUACAAUCGUAAUCGGAGAUUCCGGCGUCUCCUACCAGCUUCCCGGUGCUCCGUUCGAGUUUCAGUUCAGUUACUCGGAGACUCCGAAGGUUAAACCGGUUGGGAUACGCGAACCGGCGUUUAUGCCGUUCGCGCCUCCGACGAUGCCGAGACCAUGGACUGGGAAAGCGCCGUUGAAGAAAUCGAAGAAGAAGAUUCCGUUGUUCGAUUCGUUCAACCCACCGCCGGCGGGGAAACCUGGGGUUAAGUAUGUUGAAAUGCCUGGGCCGUUGCCGUUUGGGAGGUAUCCUAAAGAAGGGAUGAAUAGAGAUGAGAUUUUAGGAGAGCCGUUGAAGAGAUGGGAGAAAGGGAUGUUGAUUAAGCCUCAUAUGCAUGAUAAUCGUCAGGUUAAUUUGGGAAGAGAUGGAUUUACACAUAAUAUGUUGGAAUUGAUACAUUCUCAUUGGAAGAGACGACGUGUUUGUAAAGUUCGAUGUAAAGGAGUUCCUACUGUUGAUAUGAAUAACGUGUGUCGUGUUCUUGAGGAAAAGACAGGAGGAGAGAUUAUUCACAGAGUCGGAGGUGUGGUGUACCUUUUCAGGGGUAGAAAUUACAACUACCGCACACGUCCACAGUAUCCGUUGAUGUUGUGGAAGCCAGCAGCUCCUGUUUAUCCAAAGCUUAUUCAAGAAGUUCCUGAAGGAUUGACUAAAGAAGAAGCUCAUGAGUUCAGGGUGAAGGGAAAGUCUCUUAGGCCCAUAUGCAAGUUGUCUAAAAAUGGAGUCUACGUGUCGCUGGUCAAAGAUGUUAGAGAUGCCUUCGAACUGAGUUCCUUGGUGAAAAUUGAUUGCCCAGGACUUGAACCUAGCGAUUAUAAGAAGAUAGGCGCUAAGCUUAAGGAGUUAGUUCCUUGCGUGCUUCUGUCUUUCGAUGAUGAGCAAAUACUCAUGUGGAGAGGACGAGAGUGGAAGUCGCGAUUUCUGGACAAUCCUUUAAUUCCAAACCUUUCUGAGACCAACAAAGCGAAUGAACUUGAUCCCUCAGACAAACCCAGUAAAGAAGAAACUGUGUCUGAUCCAAAGACAGUGAUCUCAAGCCCCAAAAUGAUCUCUCUCUGGAAACGGGCGUUGGAAUCAUCCAAGGCAGUGAUUCUUGAAGAGCUUAACCUAGGUCCGGACGAUCUAUUGAAGAAGGUGGAAGAGAUAGAAGGCACUUCACUGGCUGCAGAACACACUUUCACAGCUAUGGUCUUGACGAAUAGUGAUGGUGCAGCCGAGGAUUACGUGGAAGACAAGGAUCGGUCCGAAGAGUAUUAUAGUGACAUAGACGAUGACUUUGACGACGAGGGUUCCGAUGAUGAAUCGCUUGAUCCGGUGGGUCCAGUGGGAUCUUUGCCCGUCGACAAGAUAGUUAGGAAGCUGAGGGAAAGACUAAAAUAGAGCCAAUAGUGUUACUAUGUAAUUUCAUCUUUGUUUUGUGUAAAUGUUGUAAACAUACUCCAAACCUCAAGUGUCAAACGAAGUGCUUAUAGACUAGAUUAGGAGCACGGGUUGAAAUUUCUUUUAUUUAUAUUAUAGUUUUUAUAUAAAA